AUGUUGGUUAAAGGAACACUUGACGAUUUAGGUAUUAAGAUAUCUGAUCAAAAUUUAGUUGCAUUACAUGCAAAUGAUGAUGAGAAAGAAUCAGGAUUCAGCCCAUGCUUCUAUUUUGGAGAGGAAGAAGAAGAUUGGACCAAAAAAUCCCAUAUUCCAUACCAGAAUAUAAUCUGGUGUGAACCGGUUACCAAUGAUUCCCAUCUGAAGGUUGUUCAAGUCACUUAUUUAUAUUCUCACAGAAGAGACGAGAAGGUAAAACCAUUGAAACUUCAGGUUGAAAUUGAUUCCCCAAUGGGAUUGGAAACAACUGGUGAAUUAACCAAUGAGAUUUUGAGUAAGGCUUAUACUAACAAACUCAUUAAACCAUCGUUACUUAUUUUGAUCAAUCCAUUUGGGGGUCAAGGACAUGCACUCAGAAUAUAUCAUCAAGAAAUAGAACCGAUUUUGAAGGCAUCCAACGCCAAGGUGACGUUAUUUGAGACUCAAUACAGUGGACAUGCUAUUGAUAUAGCUAGGGAGUUAUUAAUUGAGGAUUACGACGUGAUUGUAUGUUGUUCAGGAGAUGGAAUACCCUAUGAAGUUAUAAAUGGAUUUUACCAAAGGAAAGAUUAUGGAAUUGAUGCUUUUAAUAAAGUAGCAAUCACACAAUUACCUUGUGGUAGUGGGAAUGCUCUUUCUUUAAGUACUCAUGGAACAACGAAUGCAAGUUUGGCUACAUUUAAGAUGUUGAAAGCUGAAAGAGCAAAAUUAGAUUUAAUGGCGGUAACUCAAGGAAUUGGUAGUGAAGAGAAAACUAUAUUAUCAUUCUUAAGUCAAUGUUAUGGUAUUAUUGCUGAUAGUGAUAUUGGUACCGAACAUUUAAGAUGGAUGGGAUCGGUUAGAUUUGAGAUUGGAGUUAUUCAAAGAAUAAUGCAAGGAUCAAAAUAUCCAUGUGAUCUUUAUAUUGAUUAUCAAACAAGAACAAAAGAUGAAAUAUCAAAACAUUUUCAAAAAUUUACUAAAGUGAAUAAUAAAGAUACUGAACCAACUAAUAUUGAGAAUUUUAAAUUAAAGUAUCCAAAAUUAGAUCAACCUCCCCCAUCGAAUUGGAUUAAAUUAGAAGAAUCCAAAAGUGAUCAACUAAAUAUCGUUUACGUUGGUAAAAUGCCAUAUAUAUCUAGUGAUACUCAAUUUUUCCCAGCGGCUUUACCAAACGAUGGAAAUAUGGAUUUAAUAAUGACGGAUUCUAAUACUAGUUUAUUAGAUACUACUAAAUUUCUUUUGAAUAUUGAUAAAGGCUCACAUGUUUUGCAUGAAAAAGUUGACCAUUUUAAAAUUCGUGGUUAUAGAUUAGUCCCUCGUUUAAAACGAACUAGAAAUCAUUAUAUUUCCAUCGAUGGGGAAAAUUUCCCAAUUGAACCUUUCCAAGUUGAAGUAUUACCGGGGAUCAUGACUGGAUUACUCCAAAAUGGAAUGUUUGUGGACACUUGUUUUACCGACUUGGAUGAUUCAAUUUAGCUUGUUUAUAGAGAAUAUAUUCUUUCUUUCUUUGAAUUUCGUUGUAUUUGCAAUCAAAUAACCGAAAACAACAUUAUCACAAAAAUGCAUCACCAGAUACCGGUGCUGCUACUGAUGCGGUGUACGGGAGAGGCAGCUCGGACUGCUUUACCAAAGAUAGCAGCAUGAAGCCAACCUAUAUAUAUAUUUAAGCCUAUGAAUUCAAGCUUACAGUAAUGUUAUAAUAGGUUGCUCUACACAAAACUAUCAAAAAUCGAAGCAACUAUAGUAA